GAAAUUCAAUAUCUCAGAUGACAAAAGCCAAAGCAUCCACAAGAUUUGUUUAUUUAUUGCCUUUCUCGUCCCCACUUUCCAUCUCACACAGUCAAGCCAAAACCCUCUCUUUCUCUCACUCCCUAGCUCUCUCUCUCUCUCGGUCCCUCAUCACUACUCUAUUCUCUCCUAGCUGCUACACUACACCCUCUCAUCAUCAUAUAAUAUAGUACAUCACCCCAUCAACCAUAUAUCUCACCAUGCAAGCUUAUCAUCACUCUUUCUCCUACAUAUCCUCUUGUGAACCUGAUGAGGCUGUUGAUGAAGCCUCCAUCUCCCUCUCUCUUGGUCCUCCUGGCCAACACAACCCAAAAAUCCCCUCCUCAAAGCACCCUGCCACCACCCUGCACCAUCAGCAAAACCCUACCUCUGAUGAUGACCACAGUGGUGUAACAGUGGCUCUUCAUAUUGGCCUUCCCACAAACAUUUCACCUACAACAGACACAACCCCCAUCAGCAAACCUGAUCAUAAUCAACAUCAUCAUCUGGCCUCUUCAGCUCCUGUUCAGGGUCAGUAUUGGAUCCCUUCUCCUGCUCAAAUCCUCAUUGGACCAACCCAGUUCUCCUGCACUGUCUGCAACAAAAUGUUCAACCGUUACAACAAUAUGCAGAUGCAUAUGUGGGGACAUGGAUCACAGUACAGGAAAGGACCUGAAUCACUAAGAGGAGCAAAACCAGCUUCUUCAAUGCUGAGGCUACCCUGCUACUGUUGUGCAGAGGGUUGCAAGAAUAACAUAGAUCACCCAAGGUCAAGGCCACUCAAGGACUUCAGGACCCUCCAGACACACUACAAGAGGAAGCACGGCGCGAAGCCGUUCGGGUGCAGGAAGUGCGGGAAGCCCUUCGCGGUCCGAGGCGAUUGGAGGACACAUGAGAAGAACUGCGGCAAGCUCUGGUUCUGCAUCUGCGGCUCUGAUUUCAAGCACAAGAGGUCCCUCAAGGACCAUGUCCGUGCCUUUGGUGAUGGCCACGCCCCACACACUGUGGAGAGCUGUGAUCAGAUGGGGGAUGAACUUGACUUGUUUGGAGAGGAUGAAGAGGAUGAGGAAUUAGAAGAUGAUGAUGAAGAUUUGUUUGAUGAUGAUAACAACAAUGCAGGUGGUGUUUGUUUUUAGUUAAUAGAAAACAUGGUAGGUGUGUGUUAGUUUAGUUUGUUAGAUUUUUUUUCAUGAAAACACAUGUAUUCUCUACUGAGUCAAUCAUGUUCUCGAGCCGAGUAAGAUUACUAUGAGCAUUGAAUCUCUUCUAACAAAUAUUUAAUGCAGUUGCAUUUACAUAAACUUGAAUUCAAGACAUCUAUUUAAAUUGGAAUUAUGCGAUAGUUUUUGGUUGUAACUAAGAUUUGAAUUAAUGGAUUAAGACUAGAGAGAGAAAGAGAAGAAGGGUGGGAGAAGAUGGAGACAAACAGUGAAAUGAAAGC